AUUUCGUGUGGAUAGUUGGGCAAUUGGUCAUGGCUGGGGUCAUAAUGUGCGGGCUUUAGGACCCAUACGCGCGGUUCUAUUGACGGGUACUUUGUGUUUACAGUGAGAAUUGUAUGGCAGGAAUUUUCUAACAUCAAAUAUUUAAACAUAAUUUGCAUCGAUACAAACGCUACAAUGGAGACAUAUAUGCUGUGACACAGAGAAAGUAAGUCACACAGGUUUGAAAUGACAAGAGGUUAUUUGGAUGGAGUCCUUGCGGGGUACAGUGGGUCACUCCCGCGAGUACAAAUUGGUGAUGUUAGGAGAGGGGGGUGUGGGCAAAAGUGCCAUCAUCAUGCAGUUUAUAAGUCACAGAUUUCCAGAGGACCAUGACCCGACUAUCGAGGAUGCUUAUAAAACACAGAUUCGCAUAGAUGAUGAGCCAGCAAACCUGGACAUCUUGGACACAGCAGGACAGGCAGAGUUCACAGCGAUGCGCGAUCAGUACAUGCGAGCAGGUGAAGGUUUCAUCAUCUCUUACUCCAUCACAGACCGUCGCAGUUUCCAAGAGGCUCGGCAGUUUAAGCAGCUGAUCUACCGGGUGCGACGCACAGUCGACACGCCGGUUGUACUGGUGGGAAACAAGUCUGACCUGGCCCAUCUAAGACAGCCAAAUGAUAGGUCUAACUAUCCUGCAGACAUAGAUGUCUACACUCAGAGAUGA